AUGUGGUCCAUCUUCCUUCUCCCUCUUUUCGUGAUGAAUUUUCUGGUACAUCAAGCCCAAUGUCAGGUUAAGAUGGUUUUAUUCUAUGGUACAAUUGUAACCGGAAUUGCGACUAACGUCACAUCUUCCAAAAGUGUCGGAGAUUGCAGAAAUGGGUGUUUUGAAGAUGAGCAUUGUUUUUUGAUGUAUUUCAGAGUUGAAAAAUGUUAUUUCCAUAGUUACCUUAAUACUGGUCAACUUAUUUCUGUAGUGGAGGUACACAAGAGUCAAUGGGCCUAUGUGGCAUUUAAGACAGAUAUCUCAAACAUCCCUAAUAACACAUGUCCGGAAUCCUAUAAAGAUCUCAAGUUCUCAGUAACCUCAUUUUCUGGAGAGAAAUAUUCUUGGAUAAAAACAUCCGGCCAAUGGAAGUUUGCAAACUGUAGAACAGGUUGGAAACGAUUCGAAAGGAAGGAUGAAACAGUCGUUUGCAUGAAAGUUUUCCCAUGUAUUUCUAUCGAGCCACAAAGCGCUGCGAUAACUAGAUGCGUCGAACAGAAUGUAACACUGACUGGAAUUGCAUCACUGGAUGAGGCGAAAUGGGUUCAAGAGUAUAAAAUAUCAAAUAAAACCUACCCAGCUUGGAUUGGCGGUGCGCGGGAUUGUCCGGAGGAUAGUCCGUGUACCAUAUUCAAAUGGACCGACGGAUAUACAAACUUGUAUGAUGCUCUGAAUAAUAAUGCUCAAUUGACUGAAAGAACUGGUUUCGAUAAUUGCUUAGCUAUUCUUCCACCAAGGAACAAUACAGAUGCAAUCAUAUUCUCACAGCCUUGCGGUUAUUCAGGUUUUAACUAUGUUUGUGGAUAUAAGAUUGAAUUUUAG